AUGGGCUCACCGUCAAUCUACUCGAAUAGGGAUCGAUGUCUUCGCGGAAAGCUUCAUUUAGCGACAGCGAUGCGACUUUUCAUCAUCGUCGGUAUCUGUGUCUUGUUGGCGCUGUCGGCGCUGCUCUUCGUGAAAUUUAGAAAGGCAAUGUUCAUUUUAUUGAUCCCACUCUCCGUGGUGGGAGUGACGAUCGCAGCGGUGACGACGAGAAAUCAUCGACUUGUUUGGCCUAUUAUCGCUCAAUCGUGUUUCCAUAUCGGUCUCUCCACAUACGCACUCCUCAUCUUCUCCUUCUAUUUCUUCAUUAAACCGCUCUACAUUUUAAUGAUCACUAAUUGGAUGUUUAAAACAAUGUAUUCCGAGAAAAACGCCGUUUUUUACGGGGAAUCAGCUACCGUUUAUGCUUUUCUCUUCACCUUUCUUUUCUACAAUCUCUGGCAAGCUCGUGUCUCGUUCGCCUAUCGGAAUUACCUCUUAAGAGAGGCGAAUUUCGCGUCGUCGAUCCAGAAACCAACAGUUGUCGUCGUGAAUAAGCCAAUCGAAUACGCUUCUUCGCACUAU